AUGGGGACCUUCAACCUGUGGACAGAUUACCUGGGUUUGGCACGUCUGGUGGGGGCUCUGCGUGGGGAAGAAGAGCCUGAGACCAAACUAGACUCCCAGCCAGAACCAACGCCAGGACCAGGGGAUCAGAGGUCCAGCCCGGAACCUUCGCCAGGUCCAGAACGCCUAUGCUCUUUCUGCAAACACAACGGCGAGUCCCGGGCCAUCUACCAGUCCCACAUGCUCAAGGAUGAGGCAGGCCGGGUGCUGUGCCCCAUACUUCGUGACUACGUGUGCCCCCAGUGUGGUGCCACACAAGAUCGUGCCCACACCCGCCGCUUCUGCCCACUCACUGGCCAAGGCUACACCUCUGUCUACAGCUGCACCACCCGCAACUCCGCAGGCAAGAAGUUGGCCCGGCCUGACAAGGCGAGGACACAGGAUUCUGGUCACCGCAGAAGAGGAGGAGCAGCAGCAGCAGGAGGAGCCAGUGCAGGUUCCAAAGGUGCCAGGAAGUCGUCUGGACCUUCACCCUCUUUCUGCUGCCCCUCCACUUCUGCCUAGGAGGCAGGUGCAGGGAGGACAUCUGGGAUGCUGCCUUCCCUGGCCUGGGGACGCUGACUCCCUGAAGGCUGGAUUUCCAAGAUGUCUCUGGCCAGGACCCCCCUCUGAACCGUUCCCCCAGCCUGGGGACUUGAGUAAGGAAGCAGGGUCUGGAAAUACUGCCAAAAGAGCCCUGUGAGGAAGGAGGUGGUCCUGGGACACCCCUGCCC